AUGGCCGUAACGGCUAUAGCCUCCUUUCUUCCUACAGCAGCAACUUUAAGAUUUCACAAUACGACCAGUUGUCGCUAUCUUCCAGGAGACUUGGGAUGGCCUAGCGAAGAUGAAUGGUCAUCACUCAACAGAACUGUUGAUGGUAGACUUAUUGUCGGAACACCUGUGGCACAGUCAUCUUGCUAUGGUGCCGCUACCAAUUCUCUGGAGUGUGCCGUGAUGCAGUCAACAUGGCCGGAUCUAGAUCCUGUCCUGGUUAAUCCCGUUAAUGUUAUGUCUCCCUACUGGGUCAACAAUUCAUGCAGUCCAUUCUUAACUGGCGACGGAUCAUGUUCACUUGGAAACCAAGCUUCAUACGCCAUAAAUGUGUCUUGCGUGUCAGACGUUACCGCUGGAAUUAAAUUCGCGCGUAAAAAGAACAUUCGUCUUUCAAUCAAAAACACAGGUCACGAUUAUCUUGGCCGAUCAGCGGGUAAAGGUUCCUUGGCAUUAUGGACCCACAACCUAAAAGACAUGACAUUUAUGAACUACAGCAGCGCCAACUACACGGGUCCAGCAGCCAAGGUCGGGGCCGGUGUUCAGGUUUCCGAGUUCUACAAGGCGGCGAGUGAACAUGGAUAUCAAGUCGUAGGAGGCUCGUGUCCUACUGUGGGUGUUGCUGGUGGAUGGGUACCCGGAGGAGGCCAUGGGCCUCUCACUGGUGCGUAUGGACUUGGUGCCGAUAACGCGCUUGAGUUUGAAGUUGUUACAACAGAGGGUAAACAUCUCAUCGCUUCGCCCACCCAGAACUUUGAUCUUUACUGGGCCCUCAGCGGGGGUGGUCCCGGAAACUAUGCAAUAGUCAUUUCUAUUACGAUGAAAGCCCAUAUCGAUGUCCCUGUCGUAGGUGCAAAGUUCGAUUUUGAGAAUACCGAUGACGAUAAUUUCUACGCGGCCAUUACAGCAUACAUGAAGCACUUGCUUGUUCUGGAUAAUUUUGUUGGGUUCAAGGCCGUGGGAACCUUCACCAACGAUCUUUUCAGGAUGGAUUUUGCCACUUGGCCAGGAGCUACAGUUCAAGAUAUGAAUGCCGCAUGGGCACCUUUCUUAAGCGAGCUCAAAACCCUCAAUAUUUCACUGACAUCCAACGACACGAGAUUAUUCCCUACCUUCUAUGAGCACUACGGGUAUUUCGGAACCGAUGUUUACACCAGGAAUGCAACCGCCGGCAGCCACUUUAUUCCGCGCUGGCAAGUAGAGGAUACUGAGUCUAGUCUUCCCGAACUAGUUGAUACCAUGAAAAGUAUCGCGAAAAACUAUUCAGCAGUUCUCAAUGUGAUUAACUCGAACGUGACACAUUUACGUGUUGGCAACACUCCCGAGUCCAACUCUGUUUACCCGGGAUGGAGAGAUUCGCUGGCUAAUUUGGUCAUUGUUAUUCCUGUUCUUGAUGAUGCGCCAUGGUCUGAAUUGAAAACCCACCAAGCGGUAAUGAAUGACUGGGAAGAUCAGCUUAGGGACUUGGCUCCUGAUGCUGGUGGAUAUAUCAAUGAGGGUACAUAUGAUAAUGUCCUAUGGAAGGAGGAUUACUUCGGAGUAAACUAUGAUCGAUUGAGGGCCGUGAAGAAGAAGUAUGAUCCGUCUUUCACACUCUAUACAGCCACGGCGGUGGGAAGCGAUGCAUUUACUUUUGAGUUGGGAGAGGGUAGAUUGUGUACCGCUUAA